UGUGUAACAGUAGUGUCUAGUGGUGGAACGGUUGCGUACGGGAUGCUGGAAUGAUUAAGCGCAAGUGCAGUUCGCGUCCAGAGUUUACCAUCAGUGCGAUUAAACGUAUUAAAGAAGCAGCCCUUGCAUAUUGUAUUCCAGCCUAUGCAUGGAGAUAACGAGUGGAGGUUAUGUCCCGGCACGAUGUACCCUUACCCGCACAUGCCCCAGCAGAGCUACGGUCCCAACUCACAUCGAGCGGUGUCUCCGCGGACGGUCGAGGGUAGCGGUGUCGGGGCCGUCGGGGGCGGCGCUGCUGCGGCGGGGGCCGGCGGCGGUGGCGCCGGCAGCCUCGCCCUCGGCGGCGGUGGGGCGGCUCGCUACCCUCAGCAGCAGCAGCACCACCACCUCCACCACCACCACCACCACCAUCAGCAGCAGCAACAACAGCAGCAGCACCAGCACCACCUUAAUAUACAGCCCUACCCGCAUCAGCCGCCGCCGCCACCGCCGCCUCAGCAACAACAACCCCAUCAUCACCAUCAACAGCAGCAACAACAACAACAACAACAACAACAACAACAACAUCAGCUGCUGUCUCAUCAGCCACAGCAUCAGUCUCAGCCGCCUACCGGGAGUGGUGUCGUUGCUCAGGGCCCCCAUCAUCAGCAGCAGCAGCAGCAGCAGCAACAGCAGCCGCCACCGCCGCCGCACCAUUAUUACCACUACCCGCACCUGCAACAGCAACAACAUCAUUUCCAGCAGCAACAGCAGGUCGCCGCCGGCGCAGCCACCUCAUCAUCGCUGGGCACCUUGGCGAUGAACAGUGGCCCGGCUGGCGGCCCUGGCCAGCCACCAGCGGGACUACACCCCCCACCCCCUUCCUCUGUCUCCUCGUCGCGGGAUCAACACACGCAAGGAAAUAGCGAUCCGAGCGGCCUGAUUACGAUAAUGAACAUCACGGUACCGCCGGUGGUGCCGGUGCCGUCGGGCCUGCGCUUCGUUCAUCCGUACAUGCCACCACCUCCGCCACACCCACACCCGCCAACGGCUCAGGCGGUCUCGGUUGCCCAGGUGGUAUCCUCAAACUCGGCAUCGCCAGUUUCAGCUUCCUCGGGUCCCUCCUCGAUCGUUCAGCAGCAGGUUGCCAGUAGGCAGCAUCCACCCUCGGUCCCGUCGCCGGCCUCGGGUGUCACUGGCGCGACUGCCGCCUACAGUAGGGACCCCUACAGAAACUCCAGUCCAAACGUGAACGACCGGGUGGCGAUAGGCGUGAGCAGUAGUCCAGCGUCGUCGCAGGUCAUCGGGGUCGGCAACGAAUACAUGAGCAGGGGUGAUCGGCCGAGGAUGCUCCUGACGUCGCCGGUCUCGAUACCACCCUCGGCCUCGCCAACGGCUCCAUCUGAUUACCACGCGUCCGCUGUUCGCAAUGCGAGUCGCUGUGGUACCGGUGGCCCGACGAUACUCUCGAUGCAGCCACAGGAGUACAGGCCGAGUCCCGUGGAUAUGGCCCAACUCCAGCAAGACUCGCCACCCUUCAAAAAGAUCCGGCUCGUUCAGCCUCCCCCGCAGAUCACGUCGUCGCAACAACAGCAACAGCAGUCGAUAGCGCAGUCGGAGUGCCAGAGGAUCACGGGGAUCCAGGAGACGGUCAAGCCGAAGCCGGUGCAACUACAGCCGCUCAGGAUAGACACGAGGCCGUCGGCAGGUGCUUACACACCGCAAACAGAGGCGAUAUCGCCGACUCUGCCGGAACCCAACACGCAAGAGGAUCUGGCGCUAAAGACGACCAAAGAUGAUCUCCUUUCGCAGCUCGGUAAACUCGAUAACGAAAUAACAACGAGGGAGUCGCGGUGUUCCAUACUUCGGAAAAAGCUGAAAGAGCUGGAGGAUAGUCAGUCGGAGGUCGGUAGGCAGCCUGCGGAGGAGACCUCGCAGCCCAAGCAUCAGUCUAUCAUACAGAAAAUCUACGCGGAUAACAGGAAAAAAGCGGAAGAGGCCCACAGACUGUUGGAGAAGCUAGGUCCGAUAGUGAAACUGCCAUUGUACAAUCAACCAUCGGACACGAGUGUUUAUCACGAGAACCGAGCGAGGCAUCAGUGCCUAAAAGCCCACCUCGUGAAGCGUUUGCGUAGAGAGCACUCGGAACGUGCAGCCAGGCACAACCAUCAGUCCCAAACGUACGCUCAGGAGGUGCAGGAGUGGCAUCGUAAGGUCGAAAGGCUCGAGGCGACGCAAAAGCGUAAGACCAAGGAGGCUAAGAACCGCGAGUUUUUCGAGAAAGUCUUCCCGGAGCUGCGUAAGCAGCGCGAGGACAAGGAGCGUUUCAACAGGGUCGGCGCCCGUAUCAAGAGCGAGGCCGAUCUUGAAGAAAUCAUGGACGGCCUGCAGGAGCAGGAGAUGGAGGACAAAAAGAUGCGCUCUUACGCUGUGAUCCCUCCACUGCUACUGGAUAAGAAGCAGCGGAAAAUUGCAUUUCAAAACCGAAAUGGCCUGCUACAGCCGGAGGAGCUCGAAGCGGUGCACAGUGAGAGGAAGCUGAUCAACAUAUGGAUCAAAACCGAGCACGAGGUGUUCAAGGAAAAGUAUCUCCAGCAUCCAAAGAACUUUGGGGCUAUUGCCCAGUCGUUUGAUCACAAAUCCGUCUCCGAUUGCGUGCAUCACUACUACCUUACCAAAAAGGCGGAAAAUUAUAAGCAGCUAUUGAGGAAGUCGAGACGUACGCGCAGUACGCGAAACAAUCCUAAUAAUAAGGUAAAUAAUAGUAACUCUGCGAUCGGACCUAUGGAUUGUUUGACGACUGGAGUGACGACGAGGCUGCAGCGUGAGCAGCAACAGAAAACACAAGAGAAUCCGCAGACUAGUAGCUCGGCGUCGGCGAGCAGUAGUAAUAGUAGUAAUAGCGUGGUCUCGACGACGACAUCGGCGCCGUCGACGACCUCGUCCACGGCUUCGUCGACGACGACGACUUCGGUAACGAGCACCGCGUCAUCGUUGACCACAGCUGUUGUGGCUGCUAGCUGUAGUAAUAGUAAUAGUACAAGCGUAUCCCCGGAGUCCAUGGCAGCGUCUAGCGCGACGACGACGAUAACGACGUCGACAGCUGUGACAGCGUCAGCAUCCGUCCCGACUACAGGCGCGACGACGACGACGAUAACGACGACGAUAACGUCGUCGGCGCCGACUGUACUCACCACGACGUCUUCAUCAUCCGUAAGCGCCAAGGACGCCCGUGAGGCGAACAAGGAGAACAAGGAUAUCAAAAUUGAGCCUAAAGAUACGUUACUUCUCAAAGAUAUCAAGGAGGAGUCUCAGUCGAGUUCGGAGACAUUAUCCGGUCGGGAAAUAAAGAUCGAAGGGAAGAGUGCAUUAUCCUCGUCAUCGAGUGUGGCGAACGCGAACAAUACGCCAUGUAAUCUGCAGCACGAGCAAAAGGAUAAGAAGAAAAAUGCGGGGAUCGGUGGCUCGACGUCUACCAGUAGGUCGAAAGACAAAAAGAAGGAGAACCACGCGGCACCCAUGGAAACCAGCGACGAGGAAACACAAGGUAUGGACCCGACUGAAUGCGGGGGCCGUCAAUUGGGGCCGCAUCCGUGCGCGGUUUGCCAGACGACUAUCGAAGCCGGAAGCCAGAGCAGGCCGUUGCCCCGUAGUCACGCCUCGUAUUACGGGCUUCGUGAGGAGCAGGUGCCCACGGGAGCCAGGGUCUGCAAUAGCUGCCGGUGCAAAUCGGUACGCGGCCGGUACACGACCUGCCCGCUGCCCGGCUGUCCCAAUCUCAACAGCGCGAGCUCGGGCAAGACGCGUGUCAAACGACUGCGGGCCCUACCGCCCAAGUGGAACGAGCUGCCUGCCGAGAUCCGAGACCCCAUCAUCCUGGAGUUUCAGAUCCCGAGCAACGUGACCAAGUGCUGUUCGGCGUGUUUCAAUCGGAUAUCGCGACGGCUGGCGCCCCAUUUUUCCGGAAGCGGGGACGCGGCUGAUGAUGUGGACGUAGCUCUGGGUCGUCAGUGGACGGACGAGGAGCUCGAACUCAUGCGCAAGGCACUUCGCGAGCACGGCACCAACUGGCCCAAGGUCUCGGAACAGAUAGCCGGCAAGACGAACCAUCAGUGUAAGACGUACUAUCUAACGUACAGGAAGAAGCUCGGCUUGGAUCAAGUUGUCGCCGAGUAUUACCAGUCGCUCGGCGAGGAGAGGAGGCCGUGUUUGACCGAUGAGGAGGAGAGCGGGAGUAGUACCAGUAGCUGUGAUGAAUUGGCUGUGCACGACUCGAGCGAUACGGCGAGCGCGGGUAGUCCCGCUAACACGAUACCAAGUAGCACGCCGACGUCGAUCCUGGCGGCGUCGUCGUCGUCGUCGUCAACGUCGUCGGCGGUCCAAUCGAGCGGCGGUGCCGCUCUGACCAUGGGCUUUCCACAGGCGCAGGAGACUAAGGUGGGUGAAAAAGCACAACAACAACAACAACAACUAGCGGACGUAGCAGUGGUCUCGUUGAUAGCACCGUCACCGAUGUCCUCUUCCCAGACACCACAGACCAACCCACCCACUAGCACGAGGGAAGACUACGACAGCUCUGCCACGGAGACGGCGGACGAAGGUCAGAGUGGCACGGAUUUGGACAAUACUGGCGUCGUGGUAACGUUCACUCCGCCUACUGCUAGUAACGCUAGUAGCAGCACCGCGUCUUCUCACCCAUCAUCUCAGUCUAUCGUACAGACUCACCCACAGCCAGUUUUAGUUCACUCUCCACCCUCGACUACCAGUGGACCCAAUCCGCUUACGGUCAAGGAUCUUAUGCUGGGAGUUAUUGAGAUGCAGUUAAAGCGCACCCCAUCGGAUAGUGGCCCGGCAUCCUCGAUUCCAGUGAGUUCGGGCACACCUACGAUAUCGAGUAUCUUGAAGAUAGAUCAUCGCAACGAUAUCGGCUAUUUGCGUGAUUACAAGUCGGCCUCACAGGUACCGAAUAUAUCAAACACUGCCAUGGCGAGCAGGGAAUCGAGUCUAGCGACGUUGUCCGUGGUCUCGGGAUCGCACGCCCAUCGUUCGGCUCCGAGUCCACAGCAGAUUAGUCAGAUGCAGGCAACUAUCACUCCCUGUCCGCCUCCGACACCCAGCCAGCAACCACAGCCUAGUAGUCAGGAUAUGCUGCCAAAAGAAGGACUUGUUGUUAUGCAGGCUCAGCAGGCGAUGCGAGAGACUGAAGGCACGCUUGAUCUCAGUAUAAAAAAGCCACGUCAACAACAGGAGUACAAUCACACGUUACAACCACCGCCGUCUUCCCACAAACCCGCGCCGAUGAGCCACUACCGGCCAGAACCAACUCCGCCGUCCAGUCAUUACUACCCGCAUCCCCAUCCGCCGCAGGAGCCUCAGGGACGUGGUGCCAAGAGUCCGCACGUGUAUGUUUCGUCACCGCGACCUCAGGCCCCACUUACUCCAAAGCUCACGAACAAGGUGGCAGCGGUAGUAUCGACACAUCCCAAGCUCUCGCCCAAACUCACCAACAUGAGCACACCACACAAGACUGGCUCGAUUACUCAUGGUACUCCUGUGUCGAGUGCAAGGUACGACGGACUGCUCAGGCAAAUGACUCCGCCUGGAAAUACCAAUCAGCCUAAUCCAAGUCCUACCACAGUUGGUUCCAAAGAAGGUGGUUCCAUUACUCAAGGUACUCCCGUACAUCCGUUUGCUGUCGACAAACGGUCUCCGAUGUACGAUUAUCAUCGUUCCAUUCGGCACUCGCCUGUUACAACAAGUAAUGUGCCUGUGCAGGCUCAGAAUUCAGGAGUCGUCGUUAGCCAUGGCCAAAGCAGUCAGUACAACUCGUAUCCGCCACGACAAACGUCGAACUACACGGUAGAGCAGCUGUCCUCGCGUCAAAUCAUCAUGAACGACUACAUAACUAGUCAGCAGAUGCAACACAGAAAUCGAAUCGGUAAUUUGCCCGAAUCUGGUAACAAGAGCGAAUCUCCAGCUACGUUGUACUGCGCAAAUACUCCACCGCCCCAACCUCACCAGCAACCACGCCAAGGUGUUAUUCAGAGGCACAAUACGACAAAGCACUACGCACCUCCGCCGCCAGGUCUCGAAGCUUUUUCAAGCCUCGUUGAUGUUGCCGUUCAACAGCCAAGUUUACCUGUACCGCACCAACCAGCGAGUAGCAGUGGUCAUGAGCAGCUCUACAUGUCGAUGGAUCGGAUUUACCCUGAUCGUCACAUCGACAGCCGCCCGUUGCAAAACAUGCCCAGACUGGCUCAUUCACAGUAUCAAAUGGCCGUGGCUAUGCAACAACGAGAGGAACAGCGGGAGCGAGACAUGCUGAUUCGCGAGAAGCAGGAAGAGGAGCAGCAACAGCGACUCCAGCGUGAAAAGGAACAACAGCAGCAGCAACAGCUACACCAUCAGCAGCAAAUGGAGCGGAUGCAGCGCGAGAAAGAACUUCAACAGCAGCAAGAGCAUCGACUGGCUCAGCAACGUGAGCAGGAGCUGCAUCAGGCUGCGGUUGCUCAAGCAGCAGCUGAUCACAGAGCGGCUGUGCAACAGCGCGAAAAGGAGAUUCAACAGCAGCAACAGGAGCACAGGCUAAACAUGCACCAGCAACAGCAACAGCGCGAGAAAGACAUGCAACAGCAACACUAUCGGCUAGUUCAACAACACCAGCAUCAGCGCGAGAAGGAGAUGCAGAUGGUCGCGGCUGCUGCACAGCGCGAAAAGGAACAUCAGGAGCACAGGCUGGCCGUUCAACAACGAGAAAAAGAAAUGCAGCAGCAACAGGAAAUGAGGCUCGCCCAGCAAAAGAGAGAUAAAGAGCUGCAACAGCAGGCUGAUCACAGAUUAGCCAUGCAGCAGCAAAGAGACAACAUGGUUUAUUUGCAGCAACAGCAGCAGAGAUAUCAGAAACAACAGAUGCAGCAUAUGCAGCAACAUCAACAGCGAAUCGAAGCGGAACAGCGACGGCAUAUCGUACAGCUUUAUAAAGAUCAGCACGACCAUAUGUACAGAGAACUCGCUGAAUCGCGUCAGUGUGAGUCGCCAAACAUGCCGAAAGCUGGUGGUUUCUAUCAACAUCCGAGGCAUCCUUCACAGUCACAGGCACCACCUCCUUCUGCCAGGCAUAGUCAGUCAACUUCCAAUCAGUCGAGUGAUUCUUCCACGUUGACAGCAGCUAACUUGAUCGAUGCCAUAAUCACGCAUCAGAUAAAUCAGACUGCCGACACUAGCAGUGAUAAGAAUCCCUCCAACAAUCAAUCACGACCUGGUGAUCGACUUUUUCGGAAUUUUCAUAGGGACAGUCCAUCUGAACCCAAUGGCAUGGCCCACAGUCCAGCUGGAGAAGAAAAUGCAAACAGCAGCUCGGGUAGUGGAAAUGCAAGCAACAGUGUGAACAAGGGUCUCACUUUAGGCGAGCAUGUCGACCACAUAGUUAACAAAGAUUACGGACCAAUGUCUUCCUCCUACAGACCUUACCCGGGUUAUCAAAUGCCAGAAGAUUGGAAGAGGAGAAAAGGGGGGGAAGCGGAUUCGGUGAAACCUGGCGACGAGCGACAAAUAAUCCGAGUUGCGCAGCAAAAUCCACCCUCGUCGCAGACUCAACCAACACAUCAGAGUCAACAACAGUUGCAGCCGCAGUUCCAACAUGAGCCCGUCUCACCGCCCGAACCGACGACGAAUCACUAUCCGCGGCGCUUUUACGAGCCUAGUGCUGCCACGACGACGACUCCCGUGACACCGUCGAGCAAGUCACAUCUGUCGCCACUCGACUACGUCAAGAACAAGAUUGUCGAGGUGAUGAGAACGGAGGACGACAAGUCAAGCUCAGGUGGUGGUGAUCGUAAUGGUGGCAGUGCAAACGACAAGGAUGAUAAGUCAUGCGCCGAUAGUUCGCCCAGCGGCGAGAUGGUGAUAGACGAGUCCCCGCGAGAACAGCAGCCACCACAGCCUCCAGUGCCGACACCCACGACCUUCUAUCCAUACAAUGCGUUGGGCGUGCACACGGGGCCACCGCCGGCGCCACCGCCGACGAACACCGCGGCUGUUACGGUUGUAAAGACUGAGGAGCCCGCGCCUCUCCUUUCCGCUCAAUAUGAGCCGCUUUCGGACGAGGAUUGAUAUUACGGGGCAAAAAACCGAAGGAUAGUGUUAUAGGAACACCACAACUUUCUGACUCGAUGCAUUUGCGUCGCUGACUAAUAUUAUUAUUACUACUGCUUCUAUUACUACUUCAAACUAUUGCUACUCUGCAGUGAGAGGUUACAAGAGCAGCAACGACAUUUGGUGAUAAGAGAGCAAGGACGGAGAGAAAGAAAAGGCAUGUGUGUUUGUUGUUCUAUCGUGUGUCUCGCGAGAUAAAGCAGAUAUUGUACGUGGUGGUUGUAAAAAUAUAUGAUGCGGUCUUUUUAUAAUACUUUCAACUUUUUCUAGCUUGAUUUUUAUAAGCUCUGUUCAGAUAAAGGGAAAUG